AUGGUUGGUCUCAACACCUCUCAAGAGAUAUGGACUGCUUUGGAAAAGAAUUUCAGCAGGCAUUCCUUAGCCAGAGUGAUGCAAUACAAGAUGGAGAUUCAAGCUUUAAAGAAAGGAUCUUUAACCAUGAAGGAAUAUAUUAGUAAAAUGAAGGGCCUAUUUGAUGCUUUGGCAGCAGCAGGACACAUGAUUUCUGAAAAAGACCAGAUCAUGCAUCUUAUAGGAGGACUUGGUCAAGAGUAUAAUCCUAUCAUGGUUACAGUUUCCUCAAGAGUUGAGCCUUGGACUCUACUUGAUAUUCAAGCCUUAUUACUAAGUUUUGAAUCCAGACUGGAAUCAGUGGGUGCAACCAACAAACCUCUGGUAAAUAGUGAUGGUUCAUUUCCUAUUCUCAAUGCAGCUUACACUCAGAAUUCAUCAAGAGGAGCAUUUCAAGGUGGCUUUCAAAGGUCAAGAGGUAGAGCUUCAUUUAAUCAGAGAGGAGGCAGGCAAGGAAGAGGAAGAGGAAUGAGAUCUAGAAUUUCAUGCCAAGUUUGUGGAAUUGCUGGUCAUUCUGCCGAGAGAUGUUGGUAUAGGUAUGAUAGUACCUACAUGGGAAGUGCACCUGAUAAUGCCAAUAAGAACUUCAACAACAAUCCAUCUUUGAAUCUUGCUCAUACUCCAAGUUCAGCUUCUUAUGACUUGAGCACAUAA